UUUUUUUUUUUAAUUUUACAUAAAGUCUCGAUACAUGGCAGCAUCACCUACUACAGCUCCAGUAGAUAACCCAGCAUCAGAACCUGAUCUAUCAAGCACCGAUUAUGCCCUGAAAGUCAUAUUUAGUCAAUUUGAGAAUGCUGCAAAUAUAAAAAUGUCCUUUAUACUCAACAUGGGAAUUGAUGUUAAUGUUGAUCUCAAAAAGAUAUUAGGACAAGGCCAAGACAAGAACUUUGAUAAAUUAAUAUAUUCUUUAGCUUCCUUAGCUACCACACAGCAAAGUGCAGUCAUUGAUUCAGUCAUGCGUUGGAGAAAAACUAAAGUUGAACCCUUAGAUCCUUUAGUCAUAAAACGAGUUAGUGACACCGCACCACUUUCUCGUAAUCGUGAAAUACAAUCCAUUCUAAAAGAAAGACAAUCACUUGCAUCUGUUUUUAUUCUUUGUAGAGCAUUGAUAGAAAUCAUUAAACGAGUCGCACCAGGUUCUUUACCUGACGAUCUAGGUGAAAACCUUGAAGAAAUCGUAUUUAAUCAACUAAAGAAAGCAGAUCCUGAAGCUAUCAAAAGAUCAAAAAACCGAACAGCAAGUAUGGAACUCUUUGCAGAACUUAUUGGCGAACUUUCAAACAUUCGUUUUGCAUCAGUUAGUGAUCGUUUCAUUGCCGAACUUGAAAAAUACAACAGUCAAACGAUCAUGAAGGAACGUCAGAGUCAUAUGGAGAUGCUGAUUAAAGGUAUGCGUUACCUUAAAAUCAAAAUUUAUCCUGUGGAUGCACUUGAAGAGACUGCUGAUUUCUUGUCAAGUUGUGCCAGCUUUUUUAAAAAUUCACAUGGUGUCAAAGUCAAACAUGCUUAUGCAAAGCUUUUCGUACAAUUGUUGUUACCAAUUGCUCAAGUAGCUGUCGCUGAAGUUAAUUUUCCUUCUUGGGUAAAAGCAAUUGAUAUUAUGUAUCCGAGAGCACUUAAUAUGACACUUAAACCAAGACAUACCUUAGUCGGGUAUCCAUUGGUUACAACACUACUCUGUGUAAGUCGUAAAGAAUUUUUUGCAACUAAUUGGACUUCCUUUUUAGAAAGCUGCUAUCAAAAAUUCAAUAAGCAUUAGGCUGUGUAUCCCGAUUAAUUUGGACUUAUCUUUUUCGAUGUACAGAAAGUACUUCUAUCACUUGCAAAAAAGUGGAUUCAAUCAUCA